UAAGUGUGAAACUCUCAUUUAAUUUACUUUAAUUUCAACUGACAUCAUUUAAUUUACGUUAAUUUCAACUGAUAGAUUUUUACUUUUUCCUUUAUGACCAAUCUACCCCUUAUUAAAUGAAAAACUCAUCUGUCCUAAACCAUUUAUUCUUCUCCAACUGUGCCGUUCUAUCUCCUUCCCAUUCAUUUGGGUGGUGUUAUUGCCACAGCUUCAAAGGAAUCUCACCGUUGUUGCUUCAAAAGCUGCAGCUCUAUCUUGCCUUAUCGCCUCUAUUCCAGUCCAGUUUCCAUGAUACGGUGGACCUCCAGUUCCAUGAUACGGGCCCUCUUCUAAAGAUAGAAGAACAAAAGCGAAUUAGAGGUACACUUCUCACCAUCAGAAGAAGUCAUGAGGUGCUCCAAGUACUUGAGAUUGAGCUAAGCCUCUUGUAUGAGGUUCUUCACACCAAGUUGUCCGUUAUCGACAGCAAGAGUGGAUUUAAUCUCCGUAUAGCUAAUUUCGGUUGCAUCUUGCUAGCCAUAAUUACAUUCUCUUUGGCUAAGUGGCACUACCAGUUGUGGGAAUUUGACAUGUUGCUGACUUAUGGGUUGCUAAUUGCGGCCUUGGCAUUGGAUUCCUUAUCUAUCAUGUUACUCGUUAAAUACUCCGAUUGGUAUGCCAUUGCUCAUUUCAAGGAUACAGUAAAGAAGGAUGCUGCAUCCAAGGUUAUCGAAAGGCAGCGCAGGUGGUGUAACGAAGUUUCCCAGCUAAAUUGCUUAACUUACCAUGUCAAGGGUAUGCCAGUUUGGUUGAACAAACUGGCUGAUAUUCUUCACUUGAGGAGUUCGCUGAAAGUCAUUAAAGGAUUCUGUUGUCAGUCCUCUCAGAAUUUCGAAACCUUACUCUGGCGCUUCAUCUAUUACGAAGUGAAAGAUUUUCCAGAGGAUACACGGAUCAAUGAAGUUUGGUUGGAAACGGGUAAAAAACUUCUGGAGCGUGUCUUGAAUAGGAAGCAGAAGAAAAUGCUUGAUGAUUUAGAUUACACCCAAAGCCUUCUAGUGUGGCAUAUAGCCACUGAAUUAUGUUACCAAGAGGAUAACGAGUACAACCCCCCUGAGAAUAGGACAAAUUACAGACCAAUUUGCAAGCCUCUUUCGGAUUAUAUGUUUUACCUUGCAGUGAAGCAGCCAACCAUAAUGGCUUCCGUGUUGGACAAUUGGAGCACCAUGUUUAAGAAGAUAUCAAAAAUGAUUCAGUCAGAAGUGCCUUGGAGUUUCCCCUUAAAUGAAAAGAAUGUCAGCAGAAAAAUCCUUGACAUGAAGGUAGAAGAAAACAGUACCGAUUCCUUUGAAGUUGAAAAAGAUAAUGAAGAUGAUGGUGAUAAUGUUGAAAAUUCCUCGCCAUCCCAUGGUGAAGUUGAAAUUUCCUUAUCUUCUGCAGUUCUGCUUGUACGCGGGCUCAAGCAGCAAGACAACCAAGCGACGGCAGAAUCUCCAUCUCUAGAACUUCAUCGUUGCACUGAUUUUGCCUUGUCGUCGGUGCUGCGUUGCCACUGGUGCUGCCUGCGUUGCCACCAGUGCUGCCGCUUGCCGCUGCUGCUUGCCUGAUUCGACCUGCCGAGUUGUCCCCUGCAUUGAAAACCCAAACUCCAUUUGCACUUCCUUUUGUCUUUUGGCUUUGAUAUAUUUAAU